ACUUCCGCCCGAGAGCCACUUCCUUUUCUUUCGGCGGCGCGCGGCGGCAAGAUGGCGGUCCAGAUUUCCAAGAAGAGGAAGUUUGUCGCUGAUGGCAUCUUCAAAGCUGAACUGAACGAGUUUCUCACUCGGGAGCUGGCUGAAGAUGGCUACUCUGGAGUUGAGGUCCGAGUGACACCAACCAGGACAGAAAUCAUCAUCUUGGCCACCAGGACACAAAAUGUUCUUGGUGAGAAGGGCCGGCGGAUCCGGGAAUUGACCGCUGUGGUUCAGAAGAGAUUUGGCUUCCCUGAGGGCAGUGUAGAGCUUUAUGCUGAAAAGGUGGCCACAAGAGGUCUCUGUGCCAUUGCCCAGGCAGAGUCUCUGCGUUACAAACUCCUGGGAGGCCUUGCUGUGCGGAGGGCCUGCUAUGGUGUGCUGCGGUUCAUCAUGGAGAGUGGAGCCAAAGGCUGCGAGGUCGUGGUGUCUGGGAAACUCCGAGGACAGAGGGCUAAAUCCAUGAAGUUUGUGGAUGGCCUGAUGAUCCACAGUGGGGACCCUGUUAACUACUACGUUGACACCGCCGUGCGUCAUGUGCUGCUCAGACAGGGUGUGCUGGGCAUCAAAGUGAAGAUCAUGCUGCCUUGGGACCCAAGUGGUAAGAUUGGCCCUAAGAAGCCCCUGCCUGACCAUGUGAGCAUUGUGGAACCCAAAGAUGAGAUACUGCCCACCACCCCCAUCUCAGAACAGAAAGGUGGGAAGCCAGAGCCGCCUGCCAUGCCCCAGCCGGUACCCACAGCGUAACAGGGUCUCCUUGGCAGCUGAAUCUGGAGUCUGGAUGUUGCUCUAUAAAGACCUUUAAUAAAAUCUUUUUAAAAGAUA